AUGCUUCGCGGCCCAAGUAGUCCACCGAACGAAGAGAAAAACCCCAUCGACAAAUCCCAGCCUCCGCCGCUGUUCCUCGGCACCAAGAGAAGACUCCCCGAAUUCAUACUCACAGACAAAGUUGUCCUCGUUUCUGGAGCGGCGAGGGGCCUUGGGCUGACUCAAGCCGAAGCCUUGUUGGAAGCAGGUGCCACCGUAUAUGCACUCGAUAGGCUUGAGGAGCCAUCACCAGACUUUUAUCGUGUUCAGAAGCGUGCUGUUGAGGAGCUCGGUACCAAGCUGUACUACCGUCGUAUCGAUGUUCGAAAUACGGAAGAGCUCCAUAAUAUUGUUGAGGAUAUUGCCAACGAGCAAGGGCGUCUGGAUGGUUUGAUCGCAGCAGCUGGUAUUCAACAGGAAACACCAGCUCUUGAGUACACCGCCAAAGAUGCCAACAAUAUGUUCGAAGUUAACAUUACCGGGGUUUUCAUGACUGCACAAGCAGUUGCAAAACAAAUGAUUCGUUUCGGAAACGGCGGAAGUAUUGUCAUGAUCGCAAGUAUGAGCGGCACCAUCGCAAACAGAGGGCUGAUUUGUCCUGCAUAUAAUGCAAGCAAGGCUGGUGUGAUUCAGCUUGGCCGUAAUCUCGCUGCGGAAUGGGGUCCCUUCGGAAUUCGUGUCAACACCAUUUCCCCGGGAUAUAUCGUCACGGCCAUGGUCGAGCAACUCUUUGUUGAGUUUCCGGAACGCAAGGUCCAGUGGCCCAAGGAAAACAUGCUUGGUCGGCUCAGUGCACCAACCGAAUAUAGGGGCGCAGCGGUGUUCUUGAUCAGCGACGCAAGCAGUUUUAUGACUGGUAGCGACUUAAGGAUUGACGGCGGACAUGCUGCAUGGUGA